UGCUCCUGGGUUGCUGUGGUCUCUGCCAGGCAAGUGGAGGAGGAAGAGGAGGAAGAAGAAACGGUGGUACUGCAGAGGCAAAGGAGCUCUUGAAGGCUUCCCAGCUCUCCCUCUUCUUCCCAGCCCCUCCUGCCUGUGCCCACGACCCAGCAUGGCUUUGCUAGUGCAUCUCAAGACAGUCUCGGAGCUGCGGGGCAAGGGCGACCGGAUCGCUAAAGUGACUUUUCGAGGCCAGUCCUUCUAUUCCCGAGUCCUGGAGAACUGUGAGGAAGUGGCCGACUUCGAUGAGACCUUCCGGUGGCCAGUGGCCAGUAACAUCAACAGCAAUGAGAUGCUGGAGAUUCAGAUCUUCAACUACAGCAAAGUCUUCAGCAACAAGCUAGUGGGAACCUUCCGAAUGGUGCUGCAGAAGGUGGUGGAGGAGAAGCAGGUGGAGGUGACCGACACCCUGAUCGAUGACAAUAAUGCCAUCCUAAAGACGAGCCUAUGUGUGGAAGUGCGGUAUCAGGCCAACGACGGCUCGAUGGGCCCCUGGGAUGAUGGGGACUUCCUGGGGGACGAGUCCCUGCAGGAGGAAGAGAAGGACAGCCAGGAGACAGACGGACUGCUCCCCAGCUCCAGGCCCGGCUCCCGGCCCACUGGCCAGAAGAGCUUCCGAAGAGCUGGGAGGAGCGUGUUCUCCGCCAUGAAGCUGGGCAAGACGAGGCCGCACAAGGAAGAGCCCCAGAGAGCAGAUGAACCUGCGGUGCUGGAGAUGGAUGACCUUGACCGCCUGGCCAUUCGACUAGGAGAUGGCUUGGAUCCUGACUCAGUGUCACUGGCGUCUGUCACUGCUCUAACCACCAAUGUCUCCAACAAGCGGUCCAAGCCAGACAUUAAGAUGGAACCAAGUGCUGGGCGGCCCAUGGAUUACCAGGUCAGCAUCACUGUGAUCGAAGCCCGGCAGCUGGUAGGCUUGAACAUGGACCCUGUGGUGUGCGUGGAGGUGGGCGAGGACAAGAAGUACACGUCCAUGAAGGAGUCCACCAACUGCCCCUACUACAACGAGUAUUUUGUCUUCGACUUCCACGUCUCUCCUGAUGUCAUGUUUGACAAGAUCAUCAAGAUCUCGGUCAUUCACUCCAAGAACCUGCUGCGUAGUGGCACCCUGGUGGGCUCCUUCAAGAUGGACGUGGGCACCGUAUACUCCCAGCCUGAACAUCAGUUCCACCACAAGUGGGCCAUCCUCUCGGACCCCGAUGACAUCUCAGCCGGACUCAAGGGCUAUGUGAAGUGCGACGUGGCCGUGGUGGGCAAAGGGGAUAAUAUCAAGACACCCCACAAGGCCAACGAGACGGACGAGGAUGACAUUGAAGGGAACCUCCUGCUCCCUGAUGGGGUGCCCCCUGAGCGCCAAUGGGCCCGCUUCUAUGUGAAGAUUUACCGUGCGGAGGGCCUGCCCCGAAUGAACACCAGCCUCAUGGCCAACGUGAAGAAGGCCUUCAUCGGCGAGAACAAGGACCUGGUAGACCCCUACGUUCAAGUCUUCUUUGCUGGGCAGAAGGGCAAGACGUCGGUGCAGAAGAGCAGCUAUGAGCCGCUGUGGAACGAGCAAGUAGUCUUCACCGACCUCUUUCCCCCACUCUGCAAGCGCAUGAAGGUCCAGAUCCGAGACUCGGACAAGGUCAAUGACGUGGCCAUCGGCACCCACUUCAUUGACCUGCGCAAGAUUUCCAAUGACGGGGACAAAGGCUUCCUGCCCACCCUGGGUCCAGCCUGGGUGAACAUGUAUGGCUCCACCCGCAACUACACGCUGCUGGACGAACACCAGGACCUGAAUGAGGGCCUGGGUGAGGGUGUGUCCUUCCGAGCUCGCCUCAUGCUGGGCCUGGCCGUGGAAAUCCUGGACACCUCGAACCCCGAACUCACCAGCUCCACAGAGGUGCAGGUGGAACAGGCCACCCCAGUCUCUGAAAGCUGCACAGGCAAGAUGGAAGAAUUCUUUCUAUUUGGGGCCUUCCUGGAGGCCUCAAUGAUUGACCGGAAAAAUGGAGAGAAGCCGGUCACCUUCGAGGUCACAAUCGGCAACUAUGGGAAUGAAGUCGAUGGCCUAUCCCGACCCCAGCGGCCCCGGCUACGUUCCAGGAAGGAGCCUGGGGCUGAGGAAGAAAUAGAUCUGAUCCAGAACUCAAGUGAUGAGGAACCGGACGAGGCUGGGGAGCUGGUGUCCGUCUCCUCCACUCCACCCAUGCGGCCCCAGAUCACUGACAGGAACUACUUCCACCUGCCCUACCUGGAGCGCAAGCCCUGCAUCUACAUCAAGAGCUGGUGGCCUGACCAGCGACGACGCCUGUACAAUUCCAACAUCAUGGACCACAUCGCAGACAAGCUGGAAGAAGGCCUCAAUGACGUCCAGGAGAUGAUCAAAACUGAGAAGUCCUACCCGGAGCGCCGGCUGCGUGGAGUCCUGGAGGAGCUCAGCUGUGGCUGCCACCGCUUCCUAACCUUGGCAGACAAGGACCAGGGACACUCAUCCCGGACCAAGCUAGACCGGGAGCGCCUCAAGUCCUGUAUGCGGGAGCUGGAGAGUAUGGGACAGCAGGCCAAAGCACUGCGAGCUCAAGUGAAGCGACACACGGUGCGGGACAAACUGCGGCUAUGCCAGAACUUCCUGCAGAAGCUGCGCUUCCUGGCCGACGAGCCCCAGCACAGCAUCCCCGACGUCUUCAUCUGGAUGAUGAGCAACAACAAGCGCAUCGCCUACGCCCGGGUGCCUUCCAAGGACCUGCUCUUCUCCCCCGUGGAGGAGGAGCUGGGCAAGGACUGCGCCAAGGUCAAGACGCUUUUCCUCAAGCUCCCAGGAAAGCGGGGCUUCGGCUCUGCGGGCUGGACGGUGCAGGCCAAGCUGGAGCUGUACCUGUGGCUGGGCCUCAGCAAGCAGCGCCAGGACUUCCUGUGCGGCCUACCCUGCGGCUUCGAAGAGGUCAAGGCCUCCCAGGGCCUGGGCCUACACUCCUUCCCGCCCAUCAGCCUGGUCUACACCAAGAAACAGGCCUUCCAGCUCCGUGCACACAUGUACCAGGCUCGAAGCCUCUUCGCAGCUGACAGCAGCGGCCUCUCCGACCCCUUCGCCCGAGUCUUCUUCAUCAACCAGAGUCAGUGCACCGAGGUGCUGAAUGAGACGCUGUGCCCCACCUGGGACCAAAUGCUGGUCUUCGACAACCUGGAGCUGUACGGGGAGGCCCACGAGCUGCGUGACGAUCCCCCCAUCAUUGUCAUUGAGAUCUAUGACCAGGAUAGCAUGGGCAAAGCGGACUUCAUGGGCCGCACCUUCGCCAAGCCCCUGGUGAAGAUGGCCGAUGAGGCAUACUGCGCACCCCGCUUCCCACCGCUGCUGGAGUAUUACCAGAUCUUCCGCGGCAACGCCACAGCUGGGGACCUGCUGGCCGCCUUCGAGCUGCUGCAGAUUGGGCCUGCAGGGAAGGCUGAGCUGCCACCCGUUAAUGGCCCAGUGGACGUGGACCGUGGCCCUAUCAUGCCCGUGCCCGUGGGUAUCAGGCCUGUGCUGAGCAAGUACCGAAUCGAGGUGCUGUUCUGGGGUCUGCGGGACCUGAAGCGAGUGAACCUUGCCCAGGUGGACAGGCCACGAGUGGAUAUUGAGUGCGCAGGGAAGGGAGUGCAGUCCUCUCUGAUCCAUAAUUACAAGAAGAACCCCAACUUCAACACCCUCGUCAAAUGGUUUGAAGUGGACCUCCCCGAAAAUGAGCUCCUGCACCCACCACUGAACAUCCGUGUGGUGGACUGCCGGGCCUUCGGCCGCUACACCCUGGUGGGUUCCUGUGCUGUCAGCUCCCUGCGUCGCUUUAUCUACCGACCCCCUGACCGUGCGGCACCUAGCUGGAACACCACAGUCAGGCUCCUCCGGGGCUAUGGUAUGCUGUGCCAUGCGGGCCCCCACUCUCGCCCCACAGGGGAGGUGGUGGUGAGCAUGGAACCUGAAGCGCCCCUCAAGAAGCUGGAGACGAUGGUGAAACUUGACGCGACCUCUGACGCUGUCAUCAAGGUGGAUGUGGCUGAGGAGGAGAAGGAGAAGAAGAAAAAGAAAAAGAAAGGGGGCUCUGAGGAGUUGGAGGAGGAGGAGCCGGAUGAGAGCAUGCUGGACUGGUGGUCCAAGUACUUCGCCUCCAUCGACACCAUGAAGGAGCAACUUCGACAUCAAGAGGCUUCAGGCAUUGACUUGGAGGAGAAGGAGGAGCUGGAGAACACGGAUGGCCUGAAGGGGCCGAUGAAAAGCAAAGAGAAGGCAAAGGUUGCCAAGGAGGAGAAGAAGAAGAAAGUUCAGGGCCCUGCCCCUGCCCCAGGCACUGAGGUCCCAGAGAAGAAGAAAGCGAAGAUCGAUGAGUUGAAGGUGUAUCCCAAAGAGCUGGAGACAGAGUUUGACAACUUUGAGGACUGGCUGCACACUUUCAACCUGCUCCGGGGCAAGACGGGGGAUGACGAAGAUGGCUCCACAGAGGAGGAGCGCAUCGUGGGCCGCUUCAAGGGCUCCCUCUGCGUGUACAAAGUGCCGCUCCCAGAAGACGUGUCUCGAGAGACAGGCUACGACCCCACCCAUGGCAUGUUCCAAGGCAUCCCCAGCAAUGAGCCCAUCAACGUGCUGGUCCGCAUCUACGUGGUUCGGGCCACAGAUCUGCACCCCGCAGACAUCAAUGGCAAGGCCGAUCCCUACAUCGCCAUCAAGCUGGGCAAGACCGACAUCCGUGACAAGGAGAACUACAUUUCCAAGCAGCUCAACCCAGUUUUUGGGAAGUCUUUUGACGUCGAGGCCUCCUUCCCCAUGGAGUCCAUGCUGACUGUGGCUGUCUACGACUGGGACCUAGUGGGCACCGAUGAUCUCAUUGGGGAGACCAAGAUUGACCUGGAGAACCGCUUCUACAGCAAGCAUCGAGCCACCUGUGGCAUUGCUCAGUCCUAUUCCUUGCAUGGCUACAAUAUCUGGCGGGACCCCAUGAAGCCCAGUCAGAUCCUGACCCGCCUCUGCAAGGACGGCAAAGUUGACGGCCCCCACUUUGGACCCCCAGGAAGAGUGAAAGUAGCCAACCGAGUUUUCACUGGGCCCUCAGAGAUCGAGGACGAGAAUGGGCAGCGGAAGCCCACGGAGGAGCACGCGGCGCUGUGGGCACUGCGGCACUGGGAGGACAUUCCUCGAGUGGGCUGCCGUCUGGUACCUGAACACGUAGAGACAAGGCCUCUACUCAACCCUGACAAGCCGGGUAUCGAGCAGGGCCGCCUGGAACUGUGGGUGGAUAUGUUCCCCAUGGACAUGCCAGCCCCUGGGACGCCUCUGGACAUCUCCCCCAGGAAGCCUAAGAAGUACGAGUUGCGUGUCAUCGUGUGGAACACGGAUGAGGUGGUCCUGGAGGACGACGACUUUUUCACGGGGGAGAAAUCCAGUGACAUUUUUGUGCGGGGGUGGCUCAAGGGCCAGCAGGAGGAUAAACAGGACACGGACGUACACUACCACUCCCUCACGGGUGAGGGCAACUUCAACUGGCGCUACCUGUUCCCAUUCGACUACCUGGCGGCCGAGGAGAAGAUUGUCAUCUCCAAGAAGGAAUCUAUGUUUUCGUGGGACGAGACGGAGUAUAAGAUCCCCGCACGCCUGACGCUGCAGAUCUGGGAUGCUGACCACUUCUCGGCCGACGACUUCCUGGGUGCCAUCGAGCUGGACCUGAACCGAUUCCCUCGAGGCGCCAAGACGGCCAAGCAGUGCAGCAUGGAGAUGGCCACGGGAGAAGUGGAUGUCCCCCUCGUGUCCAUCUUCAAGCAGAAGCGCGUCAAAGGCUGGUGGCCACUCCUGGCUCGGAAUGAGAACGAUGAGUUUGAACUCACGGGCAAAGUGGAGGCUGAGUUGCACCUGCUGACGGCGGAGGAGGCAGAGAAGAACCCGGUGGGCCUGGCCCGCAAUGAGCCCGACCCACUAGAGAAGCCCAACCGGCCUGACACGGCCUUCGUCUGGUUCCUCAACCCGCUCAAGUCUAUCAAGUACCUCAUCUGCACCCGCUACAAGUGGCUCAUCAUCAAGAUAGUGUUGGCGCUGUUGGCGCUGCUCAUGCUGGGCCUCUUCCUCUACAGCAUGCCCGGCUACUUGGUCAAGAAGCUUCUGGGCGCCUGAGCCUGGCCCUGAGCCGGGAGCUCCGGGCAGGGAGGGAGGAGGGCCGGCCCUGUGCCCUGACCACUGGGGCCUCCAGCCUGACCCCCUAAGGGCCGGGGAUGCUGAGCUGGGCCUCAGCCUUGUCCUCCCCUGCGUGCUGGUUGUUCGUUCUCUCAAUAAAGGAAUUGAAGGCUGAACUGGCA